AUGACGGAAGCCUUAAGUAUAAAUGGUAUGACCGUGAUGUGCGAGGGCAAGGAUCAGCCAGAGUUCGGGUCCGACUUAUCACCAUGCUCUCCGCGUGGCGAGGAGAUCAUGCGAAUGCGGCAGGAACUCGAGGCUGCUCGUCGAUCGAUUGCCGAAAAAGAUGAGAAAAUGUGUCGCAUGUCGCGAAUCCAAGAUUCCGUAGAUGCUGAAGUGCAAGAGUUAACCGAGAAGCUUUUCCAGGAAGCAUACAGAAUGGUCAACUAUGCUGAGGAACGACGUGAACGAGCUGAGAAGUUGUUGACUGAGUCAAAAUUGCAGGUUGGCAAUUCUAUAAAAAUCUAUAUAUCGAUCCAUGCUCAUCAUCAUCUUCAAUGUUUUAUCGAAGUAUAUCUUUUAACUAUUUAGUU